GCCGUGUAUUCUGUGCGUGCACUUCGAAGAAAAAUCAAAAGAACCAAAACCGUUUGAACCGACUAUUUUUGCGCGGAAUUUUUAUUGGAAUAACAAAACUUGCGGAAAUAGCUGAAACAACAAAACAUAAACAAAACACAUUGAUUCGCAGCAACAACAAGUAAGGAGAGAAACAACUGGAAACAAGACAACAGGAGCACGCAAUCGGCAAGGUGCAUUUCGGGCUCAGGAUCAACGAGACAGUUUUGUGAUAACCGGACUUGAUAAUUGAGAGAUUAUCACUGCUGAGAUGGGGAGAAUAAAAUAAGUUUCAUUGAACAAAAUAAGUGAUUUUUUUGGAGGAUUUGCGCGUAUUCGCGGUCCUGAACCAGUCGGAUUGUGCAACAAACAAGUGAACAGUGUGAUCCGGAACUUGAAGAUUGCGUUAAGUAGCUUCCCAGGGUGGCGGGAUAACCAGUCAGCGACAUAAAAUAGUUCGGGGUGAAAAUAUUGUGUGAUUCUGAGAUAUACGAAUAUUUGCUAACAAUAUUUUAAAAAGUAGUGAAGUUCAAACGUAAGCGGUCACUAAAUCCCAUACGAACCAGUGCUAAAUUAAAAGUGAACAGUAGAGAACCAAAAAAAGCAGCAUAAACGUUGCUUUGGGGGUGUUGCACUUUUUCCUCCCCUAACACAGACGCACAUCUGCAGCCACCGACGUCCGGUGCCCCGCCCGCCGCCUGGUGGGUGCUGCAGGAGAAAACCGAGUUUUCCGAGUUUGCACAAGUGCAAGGGUGCAACCGGCAGUUCGUUUUCGAGCAGCAAUCGAGGAAGUUGUGAACCUGAAUUCCGGACCCCGGCAGGCCUUGGAGCAGAACCGCGAGCUAUACCACUCAACAAGCCGCCCCCACCCAUCGGGAAUGGGAAGUGGUACUGAAAGUAAUUAAAAUUUGUCCAUGUGAAGUUUGAAGGAUAGCAAUUUGGAGGUUUUCUUUGGUUUCGCGAAAAAAAAGUUUCGGCAUAAAAAGUGGUGAAAAUUAACAAAUUUCGGAUUUUUUUUAUGUUGUACAAAACGUACGAAGGCUCAGAAAGCAGUUGAUAGAACUUAUCUACGGGGCAGUUAGCGGUUAGUUUGUGAAGCAAACGAAGAAAUUGUAGGUUUAAGGCCGAACAGCAAAAUUUAGCAGUGUGUAUAAAAGUGUACAUUUUGGAAGUUAAUAAGUUUAAAAUUAAUCAUUAUAUCGCUAUAAUCCCCCAAAACGGAAAGGAAGAACAGAAAAUUUCCAACUAGUUUAAGUUAGAGAGAAAAUGAUCAUACAGACCGGUAAGGUCAAGUGCUCGCCGAUGAAAAUCUCGCAAAAUUUUACCAGCUUGGCGAAAAGCUGCAUCAGCCGCAGCAGUUGCAGCAACAUCAGCAGCAGCAUCUGCAUCAACGUCCGCAGCUGCAGCAGCCGCAGUUUCCUAUGAACGGCCGCCUAGCAAUCGUCUCCAUGAGUAGAACGCCGGAAGUUGUCAAGAAACAACCCACCCGACCCAAACUAAUGUGAAGCUCGAUGUAGAACUUUUCGACCCAAAAAAAAACGUAGAAACGUAUACCUUUCGGUUCAAAAUUAACAUUUUCGGCUCAAAAGAACGGUUUGACAUCUAAAUUUUUCGAAAACAAAGAAUCUUUUUGGAAAACGAAAACACACCCCAAAACAAACGAAGAUUAUCAAUUGGUUAUCAAAAAUAGAAAAAAAAAUAUUCAAAAGUUUGAGUAGAGCUCUGCGCUUGUUUCGGUUCGCGUUGACAAAGAUAAAGGAGUGCGGUUGUUGGAAGUUUCGAAGAGAUUCGUAGUAAUUUUCGAAAAGAUCCCAACAACUCAUCUCAAGUGACAGGUUGUCGACAGAGACAGCAGUAUCAGAGCCAUCGCCGCCGGCACCGUCCUUCAAAACGCCACACUGAACGCAAUCCGCCCGCCAGUCACAAUGGAUCAGCAGCAGUACUGUCUCAAAUGGAGCAACUACUCGUCGAAUUUGGCGGCGGCCUUUUCCAACCUGUUCGAUUCGGCCACACUGACAGAUGUCACGCUAGUCUGUGGAGGAACAAUCUUCAACGCUCACAAAGUCAUCCUAGCGGCUUGCUCGAAAAACUUUGCCGAUCUGUUCGAGCGAGCUCCGGUUGGCACGGGACAGAUAUGUGUGAUGCUGGAGGCCACCUCGGCCGACAACAUGCACGCUCUGCUCGAGUUUAUGUACAAAGGCGAAGUGCACGUGUCACAGAAAGCGCUGGAAAGCUUUCUGAAGGCAGCUGAGAAUUUGCAGGUCAAAGGUCUCACGACAGAGCACGGUAAAUUCGCGAGCGCCAAUGCUGCCCAGCCGCAAACGCCCAACAACCUGCCAUCGCCUGCCGCUCGCCGGCAGCAACGAAACUCUCUGUCGGCUUCGCUCGAGUCCAUCAAUCGGGUCGUCAAAAAUGAAUCGUUAGCCGGAAGUGGAGGAGGAGGAGGAGGAGGUGUAACAGGUGGCGGAAGUACAACGCCAAAUUUCUCAUCCUACCUCCAACCGUCGUAUCUGCCGCAACCGUAUGAAAGCUCCCGCAAACGUUCGAUCCGCAGUCCGUUCUACGAACAUCAGGAAGCGACCAGGGGUAGCGUGCUCCGGGAUGGCAAGGCAAGCGUUGGUAAUGACAGUCCUGUGAGCGGCAGCAAAAACUAUCGUCCCUCGAGCAGUGGAUCAUCGGCAGCACCGACGGAGGCGGACACGGUACACACGGAUCGGGAUUCACCGCAGCAGUCAAACCGCUAUGAAAACCACAGUCCUAGCACGACACAUCACGGCAACGGAAAUGGACCAGUCUCAUCGAACACGCUGGAACGAGAUGAACGAAGCGAGCGAGCGUUAUCCGAAGACAAGCUAAAAACUGAGAUCAGGGAAAGCAACGAGACUGGUGCUGAGGAUCUUCGAGUGAAAAUGGAAAUACGACCGAUUCAAUCGCCCCUGACCUCGUCUGCACCGGCAACGCCAACGACACCGGUGGGAUUCAUAAACGUGAAAGGUGGGCUACCCGGUGGACUGGACGGAUCGAUGCCUUCGGUUGAUGUGUUAACGAUGCUGAGCGCUCAGCGGGCCGGUGUAACCGCCGCGGACGGUUCCCUGCCGCCAGGUAAGAAGCUACAGUGCCAUCUCUGUGAUCGCCAGUACGGCUACGAGACGAAUCUGCGUGCGCACAUCCGCCAGCGACAUCAGGGUAUCCGCGUGCCAUGUCCCUUCUGCAGUCGAACGUUCACUCGUAAUAAUACGGUCCGGCGGCACGUGGCGCGGGAACACAAACAGCAGGAACAGUACAUGCAGAACCAGCUGCACAGCUAAGAAGUUGCCGCUGGCUGACAACUGUGACGGGACGCGUCGAACGUAUGAAUUAAUUGCCAGCAGAACAUCAGCCGUUAGAAAGAGAAAAAAAAUAAGCUAACUCGCAAGCAAGCUAAAGCUAAUCAAGUGAUAGGGAAGGAAAGCUGAAAUCCGAAAUUUAUUUCGCAAACAAACUCUGAAAUAAACACCAUUAACGAACUAGGCAGUACGACGUGUGUAUAGAGGCACACGAGAAAUUGGCACAGCUGAAACCGAAACAGCGAACCAGCGGGUGGUGAUCAAAACAGCGCCCCCGCCAUAUUUUGAGAUGUAUUUCACGCUAGCCACUGAAAAGUGAUACGAAUGCUGGGAACUGAGAACCAGAAUCCAGCCAUAGUUUACCAAUGUUACCGGAUGCAAACUGAUUGCAAUAUUUAAGUUCUUUUUUAUUACCCUUAGCUUCUCCCGAAGUUUACUCCUUUUUCAUCAAAGUUCCUCUUUUUUAAACAACUGUACUGAAUUUCUUAUUUUUGUGUGUUGGGCCUCUUCCGCGAACUAGCUGGAGGGCUCACAGCAUUCUUUCAAUAUUUAAAUGCGAAAGAUAAACUUAAUCACCACAAGUGUCAUUAUUUAAUAAUUUUAAAGAGGAUAAAUCAUAGUUGAAGUAUAACAAUUCACAAACGUAACUGAUACAAGA